AUGUUCAGUCUCAAGCUUCUAACCAAGAAUGCGAAACGUUUUCAACAUACCUUUGCCUUCAAGAAAUGGUCAGACCUUUCGCUUAAGCAACAACAGACUUUUGUCAAAGGAUUUGUCGAUAACUAUAAGAAGCAAUACCCAGGGUCAAAGACAAAUGUAUCAUUACAAGGCUUGUCAAUCGACAUGGAGAACCAUCAAGAUGCCCCCGCAGUUUUUGGGAUAUUCUAUAACGAUGUUUGGGAUCUAUGCAAGAAGUCUAAACAGAAUCUAUAUUCCAAAGAUGUAAACGCUUUGCAAAGGAAUGAUAUCAAGCUAACGGGAAGAUAUGGACAUGAAAGUUUUUACGAUCUUUUGGUCGAAGAAUGA